UCUCUCUAUCUCUCUGUUUCCACCACAUAGAUUAGGAUUAGCUAAUUUUUUAAUGACAAUGUUUUUAAUACAACUCAUUGCUAACUUUGUAAUUGUUUAAUCUUAUCUUUAACACAGGGAGAUCAGCUUAGAGAUUGUGGAUAUACGUACUGUCAUUCUUCCUCCUUACAAGGUCUCAAUCAGAAAAAGCAUGCACGCCCACAAAACAUAUGCCUCUCAAUCUCUCUUUAUCACAACCAAUAUCAUUUGGCCCCGUCCUCCUCCACCAUCUUUCCGUAUAGAACACAAGAAAUGAGAAGGAAAAAACGCUGAGAGAGUGCUGAUCACAAAUAAUAGAUUGCCAUAUUGGUUAUUAUUGUUUUAUUAUUUAUAGACCCCGGAAAUGAUAAGGUGUGGAAGAUGUUGCUUGCACAAGUGGAUGAGAGGAGUGAACAUGUUUGUGAAUCUUUGUGGCGUUGCCAUGAUCAUAUAUUCCCUUUGGCUGCUGAAGAAGUGGGAAUUGGGAGUUGCCGUACUGCCUAAUGUCUCAUACAUUCCCAGGCCAUGGUUUAUAUACACAUGUUUAGGUGUGGGAAUUGCUGUCUGCUUGAGCACGCUAUGCGGUCAUAUGGUUGCUAACUGUAUGAAUGAUUACAUCCUUUGCAUAUACACAUUAUCCAUUUUUGCUCUCCUUUUAAUCGAAGUCGCCUUAGUUGUUACAAUUUAUUUCAGGAUGAACUGGGAAGUGCAAUUUUCCAAGUACAUAGAUGAGAACCAUGAAGAUUUCAGGAGUUUUGUGAUGUUCCAUCUAAUCAUGUGUCGCUUGAUUGUGAUUACAGCUUUGGUACCACAGAUAAAUGUAAUUAUUGUAGCAAUUAUUCUAUGGGGAAUUGGAACUGCGCCAAGAGCUCACUGCAACUAUUCAGCUGUGCCAGACUUCAGGCGAUCAUUCCUGGUCAUACCACAUUCGCCAAUAACCGGUACAUCACCUCUACAAUAUCAAAAUCAACGCCAGAGCUUUUUGUCAUAUGCUAUUGGCGUUCUAAGGACACGAUUUUAUAGAAGAUAAAUUAUAUCUUAAAAAAAGUGUCAAUGAGAAAAUUGUAAUUCUUUUUGUAUUUGCAUUGUACAAGUGAGUUCUGUAAUAAAUUGGGUAUCCCUUCCUUUC